AUGCAUCCAACUUGGCUUCUGCUUCAUGUUUUCGUCCUGGAUUUAGCCCAGGGUGCUGCUCUGAGCCCGCGCAUCGACAACGGGCUAGCCAAAACGCCACCCAUGGGAUGGAAUACCUACAACCACUACGCCUGCUCUCCAAACGAAACAAUCGUCAAAUCCAACGCCAAAGCGCUCGUCGACCUGGGCCUUGACAAACUCGGCUAUCGCUACGUGACCAUCGACUGUGGCUGGACCAUUCCCGAUCGCCUUGCCAACGGGUCGUUGACCUGGAACGAAACCAUCUUCCCCACCGGAUUCUAUGCCAUCGGACAGUACAUUCACGACCUCGGUCUUCUGUUUGGCGUCUAUGAAGAUGCUGGGAUCCAGUCGUGUCAGACAGAUAUCGCCCAGGCGGGCAGUCUGUUCCACGAGGCCGAAGAUGCAGCCCGAUUUGCAUCGUGGAAAAUCGAUGCUUUGAAGUCACCUCCCCCGUCCCGCUUCGCGAACAUGACAGAAGCACUCGCGGCGCAGGACAAGCCCGUUCUCUUCCAGAUCUGCGAAUGGGGCAUUGACUUCCCUGCAUUGUGGGCACCGGCUUUGGGUAACACCUGGCGCAUCGGCAACGACAUCAUCCCCGCCUGGCGCGCCAUCUGGCGCACCGUCAACCAAGCUGUUCCGCAGACAUCAUUCGCAGGACCCGGUCAAUGGCCAGAUUUGGACAUGCUCGAAGUUGGGAACGAUCUCUUCACCACGUCGGAAGAACAGACCCAUUUCUCGUUGUGGGCCAUUUUGAAGAGCCCGCUCGUCAUCGGUGGAGCAUUGAAAGAUGAACGGACGUCAAUUAGCAAGGAAUCUCUUGCGAUUCUAUCGAACAAGGAUGUCAUAGAUCUCAACCAAGACUCUCUAGGCAGGAGUGCUGAUCUCCGCCGACGUUGGUCCGAGGAGGCGUACGACGUCUGGAGUGGUCCUCUUUCGGGUGGCCGGACCGUGGCUUCGCUGGUGAACUGGGCUGAUGAGGCACGGGAGCUCACGCUCAACUUCCCCGACAUUGGAAUCCAGUUUGCGGGCCAGGUCAAGGACAUCUGGGCAGGUAAGACGACGAAGGAUGUCAAGACGUCGUAUACUUCUACUGUUCAGCCACACGGGGUGAUGCUUCUGGAGCUGAAGGAUACAGUGGCUGGCGGUACCUACAGCGUGAAGAAUUUUGCAAAGACUGAUGGAACCACGUACACGUUCGAUUCGAUCUAUGCAAACACCACCAGUAGCAACCACACAAUCACCGUCCACUUCGCAAAAACACCAUCAGAAAAGACAAACAUCAAGCUCUCUACCGAGGAGAGCAAGGACCAACAAACCAUCUCAGUCCCUCGAUCUCACGAGAUUGUUUCUUCAACCCUGUCCCUGUCUGCCGGCAACGGCAAUCAAAUUCAACUCGAUUCGUCCAUCCCAAUCGACUCAAUCCAAAUCCAGUCACCCGGCGGCAGCUACUACCCCAGCACCUCAUUCACCCUCUCAGGCUCCGCGACGCUCGAAAAAUGCAGCACAGGCUUCUGCAAACCAACCGGCUCAAAACUCUCGUACCUAAACAGCACCAACAAGGCAACCGCAACGAUCCACGCUUCCGUGCCGCAGGGCACAUCAGUAUCCAAGUUUGUUGAAGUGGACUACACGAACAACGACGUCGCCUUUUCGACCUCCUGGGGCCUCGGAUCGAACUCGCGCAACAUCACGGUCUCGGUGAAUGGCGGUACCCCUGUUCGGUUGGAUGUUCCGUUGUCUGGAAAGCAUAGUGAGCUUUUUGGGCCCGGGAAGGGAUGGUGGGAUACUGCCACGUUGGGGUUCUUGGUGGGGGUGGAAGGAUGGGGAGAAUGUGGUCGUUGUCGGGAAUGA